CACGACAUCGGCAGCCAUUUUAAGAGUGGAUGACCAAGGACAGAACAGUGAUAACAGGACUGAGUUUGCUUUUGGAAUGUGUACUGGCAUAUUAGGGGCUUUGGUCAAAUCAGCUAUAAUGUUCCCACUGAUAUGUAGUGGAUAAGUGUGAGUUUAAGGAGAACUAGUCCUUGGAGGAGAACACCAGGAUGGCUCAAACAUGGAAUGCACUUCAGCAAGCACAAAUUCUAUCUAAACAGAGCCCGGAAACUUCUUUUGGAACUAUGGACUGUAAUGGAAUUCCAGUGGAAUCAGAGGAGAGCUUUGCUCAUGAGAUAGAACAGUUAAUUGAGAAGGAGAACUUUUCAAGCAUGAUGGAUUUGCAAGACAUUGCUGAAUCAGACAUAAAAGACUUGGUGUCUGGUUCUCUGCCGCACACAUGCUACGAAUCAUGUUGGCAAGAUGUAAUGAAUUCGGCUGACCUUGAACAGGAUAAGCCAGGGGAUAAAGGAGAAAAUAAUGGUAACAUUACACCCUGUCUCUUGCCUAACUCAGUAGAGGUUGAGUCCACAUUGGAAGCACAUUCUGACAAGGCCAUAUUAGAAUCUGCUUUUGAGACAAAUGCUAGUCUUGUCGAAUAUUCCGAUAUUAGCAGCUGCUCUGACACGGAAGCAAAUCUUGAUUGCAAUUUGAGUUCAUCGGGCCUGAGCAACCAGGCUGGUCAGCCUUCAGAUGAAGGAGACCUGAUUUCAAGUAAUACAAUGCACUUAUCUUCUGCUGAGGUCUGCCAUAGUACUGUGGAAGCAGUUAUGAGUGAAAUAAAUGAACAGCAGGACACUGGACUUCCAGUGACCACAGGUGAGAGCAAUGAAAGUGUAAACCAAACUGGUAGUGACUGUAGUGAGGGGUUACUACUUACAAAUGCUGAGGUUCCAUGUACGGAAGUACAAGAUGUGGACAAUAUGAAUGGUGCAGUACCUUUGUCAAAAGAUGAGCAAAUUGAGGAAAGGGAAUUGACUUGUGAUUUGGAAUGUUUUUUGGAUCAUUGCAAAGAGUUUGUUACCUCUCAGGAUGGUUCCACUUGUGCCUCAAAUCAUGCAAAUAUUGAUACUUCAUCGACUUCUAAUAGGGAUGAAAACAUUUGCCCAACCAUAGAUUCACUAAGUGUUUGCCAAUCGGAAAGGACAACCCCAGAUCCUGAAAACACAUCAUCAAAUCCUGAACCUGAAAAAACAUUUGUGAUUUCUGGUGAUGGAAAAUGUUCACUUGGUGACUACCAAUUAGAUGUAAUGAACCGAAAUCCUGAUAACACAUCCUCAAAGCCCAACAUUCAAGGGAAAAUUGAGAUAUCUGGCCAUGGAAAAGAUUCUCUUGAUGGCUGUCUAUUGGAAAGCAACCAACUAGAUACUAAAAGCACAUCAUCAAAACCUGGAUUUCAAGAGACAGUUGGGGUAUCUGGACAUGGACAAAAUUCUGUUGAUAGCUGUCAAUUGGAAAGCAACAAACCCGAUCCUAAAAGUAUCUCUUCAAAACCUGUCCAUGGAAAUUCUUCUCAGCUAGUAGGACAGAAAUGUUUUACAUCUGAUGAUGAACAAGUUGAACGGAGUAGUUUUGGAUUCCUUGAGUCUUGUUUUGGUUUAAAAUCUACAGCGCAGAACACUGAGGAACUGAAACACCUGGAACAUGCACAUGCAAACAAAGUCAAUGAGUGCAGUCCGUUUAAUCGCACUGAACCACCAGUUCUUCUGAAAACUGCCUUUGAAUCUAAUAAUAAGAUGGAUGAGGGAACUGAUGCACCAAAAGAUCCACCAGUACUCGGUACAGACCAAACAUCCAGGACUUCGCUAGAUCCUGGACCGCAAAAAUGUCUGACUGGCAAUGGCACCAUUUCAAGCAAAGAUUCUUUGUCAUAUUUCAAGACCCAAAAGGGAAAACUGCAGCCUGUUGUUCUCCUUAAGACAACUGAGAAAAAAACUUGUAAUGGAAAAAAAUACCAUUGCUCUGAAUGCCAAGAGUCAGCACAAAGUGUAGAUGAACUAAUUGAGCACUACCACUGCAUGCAUUCUCUCCAUAAGUCUCAGUAUUGUUCCACUUGUGAAAGUUACUUCACUGGUGGUACAUUGGCUGGACAACACUUUUGUGGGAAAGCCGAGCUUAAUGACAAGAUAAAACCAUCCCCCUCGCAUACCAAAGGGCUAACUGAGGAGAAAGCAAAGUUCAUAUGUAGGUACUGUAGGAAGUCCUUUGUUCGACAAGCUUAUUAUGAAGAACAUGAGCUGAAGCACAGAGUUGUCACACAUCAUAGAUGUGACCGUUGUGGAUUAUACUUUCCUAAUGCUCACAAAUGUCAAAGACACAAGCGUAAAGCAACAUGCACACCUUUGAUACUAGACCCUUGUUUACAGACUGCAGAUCAUUCAGAAUCAAGCCAUGAAAAGAGCGACAUGGCAGACGUGGUUGAAACAGUUGGCUCCAAUGUAGAACUUCGUAAUUGCUUUGUGAAACUAAUGGAUGUUUGUAAGACAAGCCUAUCACAUGAACGAAUACAUUGUGAAGUAUGUGGAAAGACUUUCAGGCUCAGAGCGCAACUGAAUGCACACCUUAGAUCACACUCGGAUGAGAAGCCCUUCAAGUGUGACAACUGUGGAAAAGCAUUCAAAUAUACCUGGAAUCUUAACAAACAUAAAAGAGAGCAGUGUUCUCAAAAGAUUGUCCCACAAGAAAAAUCUUCAGUUCCAGAUAGCAAGUUGCCACCAAAGUUUAAAUGCCCAAUCUGUUUUCACGUUUUCAAGUACUCCUACAAUCGUACACGUCAUUUGCGUCAACAGUGUCUCAAUGAAUACAUGAAAAAAGGCAAAGGAAAGAUUGGUGAUAAGUAUCGAUGCCCUUUGUGUAAAGAUGUGUUUACUGUGGCCAGCAACCGCAAUAGACACAUCAAGCAAACCUGCAUUAAACUUAAACUCUAUACAGCCAAAGGAAAGGUAAAACAAAGAAAAGAGUUAGAGGAACUUAACAGUACCAAAAAAAAGGACAAAGAGUCACCAUUGACUGUGUCCUCGCAAAAAGCAUUGCAGUACAAAUGCACUUUUUGUCCAGCGGAGUAUUCUAGCAAGUCUGGUUUCUACGGCCAUCUAGCAAAGCAUAAAUUGCUUGGACAUGCCAAAAAGGCAAUCAAACACAAGCGUGGUAAUGCUGUUAAUUUGAAAAGUUCAAGCUCUCCUGGGCAAAGACCAACUAGCCAAGAAUGUGCUGAUGACACAAGACUUCCUUUCUCUUGUCGCUUCUGUGGAAGAGCCUUUGCUUCACCUGACUCCUUAAAAAAGCACUUACGACUUCAUAAAGGAAACAAACCUUUUCGUUGUUUAGACUGUGGUAAAAAUUUUGCCAGGCAUGGACACCUAAUGGCUCACAAAAAUGUGCACAGGAGGAAUGUACAGUGUUCAGUCUGCUGGGAGGUUCUGCCGUCUAUUGGAGAUUUGUUAGAACACAGACAGUCCCAUCCAAAAAAAGGCAUGCUUAAGUGCCCUGAUUGCCCUUUGCAGUUCAAGUUUCCAGUAUUUCUGCUUCGACAUGUGGCUGUGCAUGAGAGAAGGCGCAAACUUAAGGAACUUCUCCCUCCAAAGGACCAAGCUACACCUCAAAAGGUACAAGAAAUUUACAAAGAGGAGUUCAAAUGUGGUCUCUGCCAAGAAGCCUUCAUUGACUCAAAGGCACUUAGUGAGCAUUGUUUAACUCAUAUGCCUGGACCUUCUGCAUCCAAAUGUCAGUUCUGCAAACGCCAUUUCUCGAGUCGUACUGGGCUUAUUCGUCACAUUCGCCUUCACACUGGUGAAAAGCCUUUUCCAUGUCUAACUUGUGGCAGGCACUUCCACAGAAAGGAAGUUCUUAAAUUACAUCAGGAAAAAUGUACAGCGGAGCAACCACCUCCAUUACAAACCUCAAAUGCUAAACAAUUACAGGCAGAACAUGGUGUAGACACUUCUUCAAAAAAGACCAACAAAGCCUAUAAUUGCUCAUACUGCCCACAUUCCUUUCGUUUUCCAAACAAUUUGAAACUCCAUGAGAGAGCCCACUUGGCCAAGACAGUUUUCCCUUGCUCAAAGUGUGGGAAGUUUUACAGGAAAAGAAAAUUUAAGGAUCAUGUGGAGCUCUGCAAUGGAGACCAGAUGAAACCUGCUUGCAGAAAAUGUGGGAGAGUUUUUACUAGAAAAAACUACAGAAAUGGUCACGAAAAGCAGUGCCAGGGCAAGCAGAACAAAACUGAUACUGAAACGGAAACUGGAACAGGAACAAAUGAGAAGGGCAAAUUUAAGCAGAAAUGCCCACAAUGCUUUAAAUGUUUUAGAUCUAGCAGUUUUCUACAGAGACAUCUGUCUCUUCAUUCAAAGGAAACGGCAUAUGCAUGCAUGCAUUGUGGACAGAAAUUUGACAGUCAGGAUCAAUACUUGCAACAUGAGGCAUUUUGUGAUGGUGUGUGCAAGGAACAUAGAUUGGAGAGUUUAAGAGGAUCUGAGAAAAUUAAAUCAAUGUUUGCUGAAGUAAAAAAUCAGAAAGAGGGCACUGUGGUCCCUGGAGAAAAUGGUGAGGCAUUGAAGUGCAAAUUUUGCACUAAAUCUUUUUUGAGGGCCAGAUAUCUAAGACGCCACAUUCUCACUCAUACAGAAGUCAAGCCAUAUCGGUGCAAGACUUGUGAAAGUUGUUUCUCACGCUAUGAUCAUUUAAAACUGCACCAAGCCCGCUGCAGAGGAAAGCGUCAACUUGAGGUACGAGUUGUAAAGAUAAGUCUCGACAGCUUGAGCACAAGUCCCCAAAGCAAAACCCAGGAAGAUGGUGACAUGUUGCAAUGCAAAGUUUGCUCAAAGCGGUUGUCCACCCCGAGUGAUCUAAAGCGUCAUAUGUCCAUGCUCCAUAUCACCGAUAAACCUUUUCCCUGCAAAAGAUGUGGCAAAACUUACAGUUCUAAAAAGACUUUGAUGAGGCACAACCUCACAAUCAGAUGCAAAAAGAUUUCAAAGGAAAGUGUGCCGCCUGCCAAGAAUGAUGUUCAAAUCCAACCAUGCAAAGAAACAUCCAAACUUCUGCAACGUAUACAGGUACACUACAUGAAUAAAUUUAAAUACCAAUGUGAGUAUUGCCCUCGACGCUUUAAAUUAUCUGGACAACUGAAGGUGCAUGUACGUCUUCAUACAGGGGAAAAACCAUAUGGCUGCGCCAACUGUGGAGAGCAUUUCAUCAGAACAGACUAUUUGAAACGACAUUUGGCUAAAUGCAAUGGAAAGGGAGAAAAUCAAGAAAAAAUUCUUUGUGAUAAGUGCGGUGACCUGUUUACCCGGGACGCACUGUCUGUACACCAGAAGAUGUGUGUCAUUAGCUCAAAAUCAUCCGGAUCAUCUCAAGAGGUAAAUGAAAAAGACAAGACCCCCACCGAGAUAAAAGGUUUUUCCUGUGCUAACUGUAGUGACCGUUUUUUAUUGUUCUCCCAGCUCCAGCAGCAUUUUUUAGCAAAGCAUAGAUCUGAUCAGCGACAAGAGUCAAAUAACGAUCAGCAGCAAUUGGUAUCAAGUCGCAUGCAAGUCAUAAAGCAAGAGCAGGUUGAUGAGGGAUAUGGACAGAACCAAGAAAGCAGCAGUCGGAUAAACACAAGGGAAUGGCGUGCAAGUACAAACACAGACCUUAUCAAGCCUCUUAAAUGCCCACAGUGCAACAUGCGGUUUUCCAGAAGUGCUGGCCUGGGUAUGCACAUGCGCAUACAUAAGGGAGUGUACCCGCUUUCUUGCACAAAAUGUCAUGUUGGUUUUUGGACCAGAAAGACAAUGGAGAAACACAGAAGAAAAUGUACAGGUCACACAGUUAUCUCGAAUAAUGGAUCUGCGAUGGAAAGUGCAGGUGAAUUAAACGACACUGUUCUAGUAUUUAACAAGGGUUGUAAUACAACAGGAACUGGAGUACUGCAGACUAAAUUCUCAUGUAAAGAUCAAGACCAGGAAAAUGAUGCAGAGAAAGAUGAUGUCUCUAUUCACAAGUAUCAGUGUUCUGAGUGUGAUCAGAGUUUCACCGAUGGACUGAGACUCAUAAGUCAUUUGGAGGAGCAUGGCCGUGAGGAUCAAGAGCGCAGAUCAGAUAUCCACAGAUGCCAUGUGUGCAAUAAAGUCUUUGCUCAAGCUGGUAUAUUGCAAAAGCAUGUGAAAAUGCAGCAUCAGGAAAAAAUGGAUAAUACUUGUGAAAUUUGUUUCAAGAGUUUUCGUUUUCCAUCUGACCUGGACAUUCAUAGAUCUCGUCAUGACCCUAGUCGUCCCUUUGCCUGUAACAGUUGUAAGAUGCGGUUUUGGACCGCUAAAGCUCUGACCAUUCACCACAGGAUGGUUCAUUUGCGCGCACACCCACCCAACUCAAAAGAAUCUAGUGUGAAAGUAAGAACGGAGCAGCCUGAAGUAUAUAGGUGUGAACCAUGUGACAAAACCUAUAUGUUAAAAAAGUCAUUCAUGAAGCACUGCAGAAUAAAACACAAAGAGGAUUUUAUCAAAUCCCUCUCUGAUAAUGAAUUGAAAAAAUCUUCUGGCAGUGCAAGUCAGGAAUCAGAUGAGGAAGACUCCAGAAAUUUUUGUCAUCUCGGUGAAAAACCCUUUGAGUGUGAAGAAUGUGGGAAGUGCUUUUUUCAGCUUGCGAACUUGCAACAACAUCAGCGGUGCCACAAGUCAGAGUUUCAGUGUCAAAUGUGUGGUAAAGGGUUUGUCUCGCUCUUCUCCCUGCGCAAACACAAGCAGACACAUAUCAGAAAGCGUCCUCACCGCUGUACCAAGUGUCACCUGAGCUUUACACGCUCAACGGAACUAGCUGAGCACAUGGUUACCCACCGUGAUGAAAACUUUCCAUGUGACCUUUGUGAUGAAACCUUUUCCUGCAAAACAAGUCGGGCAGAACAUCGCAAGAUGCACACAGAGCAAGAAGAGGAGCUUCCACCAUUGAUUCCCCCCAAACCGCCUCAAACAAUGCAAGUGACUCCUGCCAUCUCAAGUAAUGUUGAGCAGUACAAGUAUCGCUGUGGAAUUUGUCAACAUCAGCUCAGCCAUCAGCUGUCGGGUCCACGUUCUUAUCAGUGUAAUCAUUGCAGCAUGAGCUUCACCCACCACCACCUUUUUCGCACUCAUUUACGAAGCCAUGGGAAUGAAAAGGCUUCCAAGGACACUAACUUUCCUACCAGUGAAAAGAUGGUCCGUGUAGAAACUGUAAAGCGUGACAAAAUUUACCAGUGCCCCAUAUGUCCAGAGAGUUUUUACCAAGCCUUGGACCUCGCAAAUCACCUCUCUGUUCAUUCUCACAUGUGCAGUGUUUGUAAUAUGACUUUUCCCACUAAGAAGGACCUUGAUGAACAUGAACAAUGUCAUUUGUCUGCUGCUACUCAGUAUGAAUGCACGGAAUGUGGAGACAGCUUUCUUGGAAGUGAUGCUUUCCGCAAACACCACUGUAGUAAUAGAAAUUUGACCUUUUCAGAAAAGCGCCGUUCAGAGCCAUCUGGCUCUUCCUCCAAGAAGCAGAGUUCAGGGCCUCAUUUUCAAGCAGGUGAUGAAGAAGAGGAGGAGGUUGAUGUUGGAGAAGACUUUAUUAUUUGUCCUAUCUGUAAAAGACGGUUCUCCUCAAAUAGCAGUUUAAUGGAGCACCAUAAAAAGCAUCAUGAGGAUCCGCGUCCUUUCAAGUGCUUGGUUUGUAAAAAAGACUUUACGAAGAAACGCUACCUUACGCAGCACCAGCAGAUACACAGUGAACGGCCUUACCAGUGUGAUGUGUGCUCAGAAUCCUUUAAAACCGAACCGGCUCUUGUAUCUCACCGUAAAAUGCAUGAUGCAAAAAGGCAACACCAGUGCCCAAUAUGCAGCAGAACCUACCUUACAGCAAAAGAUCUUGCAAAACAUAAAAGGAAACAUGCUGAACAUCAAAACCUGAGUGAGGACAACAGAGAGUACCGGUGCGAUAUGUGCUAUAAAUCCUUCACCAUGUUUGCUCAUUUGCAAAAGCAUCUAGAAACCCAUGUAGGACAAGUGGUCUAUGAAUGCACAGAGUGUGACAAAGCCUUUGCUUUUCUAAAUCUUUUGGAGGAGCAUCAGAGGACUCAUGGUGCUGCUUCUACAGAAUCUCUUCAGUCACAGUCACCAACCCAUUUUCCCUAUCAAAGCUCAGUAAAUGAAUGA